AUGAGAAGACGACUUGGGAGCUCUCCAAGCGCCAAGCCGCCCUCUGCAGACCACCUCCAGCAACCGGCAUGCGAGACACAGCUGGGAAGCGGAACCGAGUUCCAUAAACCGUCCAAUUUCACGCUAUGGCGAUUGCUGCUCACGGAGUUGAACAUAUACAAAGACGACCAGACAGACAAGCCAAAAAUACCCGAUGCAGAGGACGCGGCAGUGAAUUCAGAGCUGCUUCUGAAUUUCGUGAAGCUGCCUGUGUUUCUGGAAAAGUUCAUGUGUUUUGGACUGGUCUACUGCGUGAUUGUCUUCCUCAAACAGAUAACGGUGGUGCCCUUGCGCUUUGCGCUUCAUACGUACCAUCUGAUCAGGUCGUGCUUCACAAACAGAAACAGCUUGACGCUGCGUUCGGACCGAACCAAGAACGACUUUGUGUCGAUGGUGCUCAUCCUGUCCAGUCUGGUUCUGCUGCGGAAUUUGGACUCCAGCAAGAUGUACCACAACAUUCGUGCCGGAACCGCUGUGAAACUGUAUUUCAUGGUGGGAGUUCUUGAAAUCGCCGACAAGCUGCUUAGCGCAAUCGGCCAAGACAUCAUCAAGGUAGUAUACUUCAUUCCGGUCGCCACGUCGCGAAAUACGCUCUCCAGGUUCCUUGGGAUCAGUGCAGUCAGUGUCUGCUACUUGACCCUGCACUCCUACGUUUUGGCGUACCAGGUGAUGGCCCUCAACGUCGCCAUCAACUCGUACUCUAACGCGCUUCUCACGCUAAUUUUGUCCAACCAGUUUGCUGAGCUGAAAAGCUCCGUUUUCAAGAGAUCUGAAAGAGAAGGCCUGUUUCAGGUUUCGUGCGCAGAUUUGAACGAAAGGUUUCAGAUGUUGGUGAUGCUAUUUAUUAUCUCGUCGCGCAACUUGUACCAGCUCUACACAAACACGUCGGCCACCGCUCUAUUUGAUAACCUGAGACCCAACUCGUGGUACAGCCAUGUCACGUUCUCUACCACCCUCAACAACUGGAUCGGCUUGCUGAUGGGCCCUAUGUUCACUGUGAUCGGCUCCGAACUGCUCGUGGACUGGCUCAAACACGCCUACAUUACCAAGUUCAACAGGAUAAAACCUGCCAUCUACAACAAGUACACCCGAGUGUUUGCGGGUGACUACGUCAGCAGCUUUCGGUCCAACCUGACAGCGUUGGACGAGUACCCGGAAACGCUGAUCAAGAGAACCGGACUGCCUGUGUACACCCUCGCGAUCGUGUUCAUCAAGAUGUGCGUGUAUCCGUGGAUGAAACGUUUCAUAUACAACGAGAGCACCGAGUCCUUCAGCUUUAUAGGACUGCUUCUGUCCAUUCUAAUUUUUUCCCUCCUCACAGUUGUUCGCUUGGUCCUAUCGCUGGGCCUGCUUCGCUGGUCCAAUCGUAUACUUCGUGCGAAGCCUGCAAAACAGGACUUUGUCAAAGGCGACCCGAACGUGACCCUCACAGACGUCAAGGGCCAGCGGACGCAGCUCUACGACUCACAUGAACAGAUGCCGCCUUCUCUUGAAGAAGUGAGGUCGACAAAAAAAGAACGGCUCGAUUCCGUUGUCAGAUUCGAAAUGGUCGAUAAGAGAAUCUGGUGA